GGCUCUCAUUUAACUUUAUUCACAAGUUUGUUAUUAUUGAAAGAGGUCGAUCUGAGGAAGAUAAAAAAUGCAUGGAGCUGAAAGGAGAAAAUCGUCAGGAGGAGGUGCUCAUGAUCAGUACGAAGAUGAGGGGUCGACGUUUGAGGAUGAUGAUGAUUAUGAGGAGGAGCAUAUUAAUGAUGAUUCUAAGAAACAGUGGCUGUGGAAAUUAGGGCGUUUUAUCGCUUGUACGACUGCCGGCGACUCCACCACUCUUACUACUACUCCUGGCAGUACAAGUACUGGAAGCAGAUCAUCGUCUGCAUCUUCGUUUCUUGAUCGACUCGUUAUUCAUCCUGAUAACUGGUUGUACGUGGGGUGGACGCAUUUCAUUCUGCUAUGGGCAGUCUAUUCGUCCUUCUUCACGCCAUUGGAGUUCGGCUUCUUCCGGGGUCUGCCCGAGAAUCUGUUCCUGCUCGACAUCGCCGGCCAGCUGGCCUUCCUUGUCGACAUCGUCGUACGCUUCUUCGUGGCCUACCGAGACUUUCACUCGCACCGUAUUGUCUACAACCGCAACCUCAUCGCUCUCCGCUACUUGAAGUCUCGAUUUCUCGUUGAUUUGCUCGGUUGUCUGCCUUGGGACGCCAUCUACAAGGCUUCUGGGAAAGAAGAGGGAGUGAGGUACCUGUUAUGGAUAAGACUAAGUCGAGCACGCAGAGUAACAGAGUUUUUUGAGAAGUUGGAGAAAGAUAUAAGGAUCAACUACCUUUUUACAAGAAUUGCCAAACUUUUUGUUGUGGAACUUUAUAGCACACACACGGCUGCCUGCAUCUUUUAUUACCUUGCUACUACCAUACCUCCGUCACGGGAAGGAUACACAUGGAUUGGAAGUUUGAAGAUGGGUGACUAUAGCUAUUCCCAUUUUAGAGAAAUUGACCUUUGGAAGCGUUACGUUACCUCACUCUAUUUCGCCGUUGUUACCAUGGCAACCGUUGGAUAUGGAGAGAUACAUGCAGUGAAUGUGAGGGAAAUGAUAUUCAUCAUGUUUUAUGUGUCUUUUGACAUGCUUUUGGGUGCUUAUCUGCUGGGUAACAUUACCGCACUGAUUGUAAAAGGAUCAAAAACUGAAAAGUUUAGGGACAAGAUGGCCGAACUUAUAAAAUACAUGAAGAAAAACAGGCUUGAUAGGGGGAUAAGUAAGGAUAUCAAAAAUCAUUUGAGGUUACAGUAUGAUCGUAGCUACACCGAAGCGGCUGUUCUUCAGGAUAUUCCAGCCUCCAUUCGCAGCAAGAUUUCACAGAAAUUAUAUGAACCAUACAUCAAAGAAGUUUCUCUUUUUAAGGGAUGCUCUUUAGGAUUCAUAAAGCAGAUUGCAACCAAAAUUCAUGAGGAGUUUUUCCUUCCAGGAGAAGUGAUCAUAGAGCAGGGACAAGCAGUGGAUCAAUUAUACAUAGUAUGCCAUGGGGAGCUGGAGAAGGUGAGAAGGGAUGAAGACAGUGAAAGUGAAGAGCUCCUUGAGCGCCUGCAAACCUAUAGCUCGUUUGGCGAGGUUUCUUUUCUUUGUAAUACUCCCCAGCCAUAUUCUGUUCGGGCUAGUCAACUGUGCAGGGUCUUGCGACUUGAUAAACAAUCUUUUAGGGAAAUCCUGGAUAUACAUUUCUUAGAUGGGCGGAUUAUCCUAAACAACCUCCUCGAGGGAAAAGACGUGAAUACCCGGAACAAGCUUUUGGAAUCAGAUAUCAUCCUAUAUAUUGGAAAGCAUGAAAUGGAGUUAGUUAUGAAAGUAAAUUGUGCUGCCUAUGAUGGAGAUUUUUAUCGAGUAAAACGUUUGAUUGGAGCUGGAGCUGAUCCCAACAAGAUGGACUAUGACGGAAGGUCGCCUUUGCAUGUUGCUGCAUCAAAAGGGUUUGUUGAUAUCACUCGUUUCCUUAUUGAACAAGGAGCGGCCGCUGAGAUGUCAGAUAAAUAUGGGAACACUCCUUUACUUGAAGCCAUUAAAAAUGGGCACGACGAAGUAGGUUCUUUACUUGUUAAGGCGGGGGCAUCACUCGCUGUUGAUGAUGCCGGUGAUUUUCUCUGUACCACGGCAGCAAGGAGGAAUAUGGAGCUUCUGAAAAGGCUUUUAUCCAAUGACAUAAACCCGAAUGCGAAAAAUUAUGAUCAGCGGUCACCACUUCAUGUAGCUGCUUCAGAAGGCUUAUAUCCAAUGGCAGAAUUCCUUUUAGAAGCAGGAGCAAGUGUUCUAUCAAAGGACAGAUGGGGAAGAACUCCACUUGAUGAAGCCCGCAUAGGUGGAAAUAAGAAACUGAUCAAAUUGCUUGAAGUCGCCAGAGCUUCUCAGUUGUCAGAUUUCUCCGAUCAUUCUCAAGAAACUGGUUAACAUUAAUUUUUAUACAUUUCUCGAACAUGUAGUACACAUUUUAUUACUAGCUGCUAGCCAAUCUGUAUUAUCUGUAAUAUUACAUUAUCCUUUGAAUUCAUAUCGAAGUAAGCUACUCUAAUGAAC